UUGUUCUUCUUUGCUGGUCUCCAGGAGUGUCCUCAGAUCCUGCCCUCCACCCAGAUCUACAUCCCCGCCGGAGUAAUGAGGCCCAUCACGCUGCUGGCUCAGAACCUGCCCCAGCCUCAGUCGGGACAGAGGAACUACGAGUGCAUCUUCCACAUCCAGGGCAGCACCCACAGUGUCCCGGCUCUGCGCUUCAACAGCUCCAGCAUCCAGUGUCAGAAGACGACGUACGACUACGAGGGCGCCGACAUCAGCGACCUGCCGGUGGACCUCUCCGUGGUCUGGAACGGAAACUUCGUCAUCGACAACCCUUUCAACAUUCAAGCCCACCUGUACAAGUGCAGGGCGCUGCGCGACAGCUGCGGCAUGUGCCUGAAGGCCGACCCCCGGUUCGAGUGCGGCUGGUGCGUUCAAGACAGGAAGUGCUCCCUGAGGCAGGAGUGCACCGGAGGGGGGAACUCCCACCUGCCGCUGCAGCUGGCCGAAGGCGGGGGCUGGAUGCACGCCACAUCUGGAAACAGCCGCUGCACCCACCCCAAGAUCACCAAGCUGCUCCCCGAGACCGGGCCUCGUCAAGGGGGAACCAGGGUGACCAUCUGGGGGGAAAACCUGGGUCUGCAGUUCAGAGACAUCCAGAUGGGCGUCAGGCUGGGGAAGGUGCCCUGUGUGCCCAUGGAGGAGGAGUACGUGAGCGCCGAGAGAAUAGUGUGUCUGCUGAACGAUGCCACUAGCUACAGGGUCCAAGAAGCUCAGGUGGAGGUGUGCGUGAGGGACUGUAUAAACGACUACAGAGCCCUGUCGCCGCGACCUUUCACCUUUGUGACUCCCUACUUCGCCCGCGUUCAGCCAUCUCAGGGACCCAUUUCUGGCGGCACCCGGGUCACCAUCGAGGGAAGCUACCUUAACGCGGGCAGCUACGUGUCGGUCAGAAUCGGACCGCAGCCCUGCCACUUCAAAAGGAGGAACGCCCGUGAAAUAGUGUGCGUCACACCAGCUGGACUGGCAGCGGGGGCCUCAUCGGUCCUGGUGGACAUCGAUGACGCCGAGCUCAGGAACCCGGAGGUUAAAUUUAACUACACCGAGGACCCCACCGUCCUGAGAAUAGAACCGGACUGGAGCAUUGCCAGCGGCGGGACCCUGCUGACGGUGAGCGGGACCAACCUGGCGACCAUUCGGGAGCCGAAGAUCCGGGCCAAGUACGGUCAGGCGGAGUCUUUUCACAACUGUACCGUGUACAACAACUCGGUGAUGGUGUGCCUGGCUCCGUCGGUGGCAGACUCGGACCUGGGCUUUUCUGAAACUGGCACGGGCCCAGACGAGAUCGGGUUCUACAUGGAUAACGUCAACGCUCUGGUGGUGGUCAAUGAGACGUUCAGCUACUAUCCCGACCCCGUGUUCGAACCACUGAGUCCAUCUGGUGUGCUGGAGCUCAAACCCACAUCGCCACUAAUUCUCAAGGGCCGGAACCUGAUCCCCGCGGCCCCGGGGAACAAUCGGCUGAACUACACGGUGCUGAUUGGAGAGACUCCCUGCGUCCUCACCCUGUCGGAGAGCCAGCUGCUGUGUGAAUGGCCCAACCUCACCGGACAGCACAAAGUCACGAUCCGUGCCGGAGGAUUCGAGUACUCCCCCGGAACCCUUCACAUCUACUCCGACAGCUUGCUAACGCUGCCCGCCAUCAUCGGUAUCGGAGGCGGGGGCGGCCUGCUCCUGCUGGUCAUCAUCGCCGUGCUGAUAGCCUACAAAAGGAAGUCCAGGGAUGCUGACCGCACCCUGAAACGUCUGCAGCUCCAAAUGGACAACCUGGAGUCCAGAGUGGCCCUGGAGUGUAAAGAAGCGUUUGCGGAGCUUCAGACAGACAUCCACGAGCUGACCCAGGAGUUGGACGGAGCGGGGAUUCCCUUCCUGGACUAUCGGACCUACGCCAUGAGGGUCCUGUUCCCUGGGAUUGAGGACCACCCUGUGCUCAAGGAGAUGGAGGUACGGGUCCAGGCCAACGUGGAGAAGGCCCUCACCCUGUUCGGCCAGCUGCUGACCAAGAAGCACUUCCUACUGACGUUCAUUCGAACCCUGGAGGCACAGAGGUCGUUCUCUAUGAGGGAUCGAGGCAACGUUGCGUCUCUGAUCAUGACGGCCCUACAGGGGGAGAUGGAGUACGCAACCGGGGUCCUGAAGCAGCUGCUCUCCGACUUGAUAGACAGAAACUUGGAGAGCAAAAACCAUCCCAAGCUGCUGCUGAGGAGAACGGAGUCUGUUGCUGAAAAGAUGCUGACCAACUGGUUCACGUUCCUCUUGUACAAGUUCCUCAAGGAGUGUGCCGGGGAGCCUCUGUUCAUGCUGUACUGUGCCAUCAAGCAGCAGAUGGAGAAGGGACCCAUUGACGCCAUCACGGGAGAAGCCCGCUACUCCCUCAGUGAGGACAAGCUCAUCAGGCAGCAGAUUGACUACAAGACACUGACGCUGCACUGUGUGAACCCGGAGAACGAAAACGCUGCCGAGGUGACGGUCAAGUGUCUGAACUGCGACACCAUCACUCAGGUCAAAGAGAAGCUGUUGGACGCCGUGUACAAAGGAAGCCCCUAUUCACAGCGGUCAAAGGCUUCUGACAUGGACCUCGAAUGGCGCCAGGGUCGCAUGGCCAGAAUCAUCCUCCAGGACGAAGACGUCACGACUAAGAUCGACAACGACUGGAAGAGACUCAACACACUGGCUCACUAUCAGGUAACGGACGGCUCGGUGAUCGCCCUGGUGCCCAAGCAGAACUCGGCCUACAACAUCUCCAACUCCUCCACCUUCACAAAGAGCCUCAGCAGAUACGAGAGCAUGCUGAGGACGGCCAGUAGUCCGGACAGCCUGCGGUCCCGAACACCAAUGAUCACGCCGGACCUGGAGAGCGGGACCAAACUCUGGCAUCUGGUCAAGAACCACGACCACUCGGACCAGAGGGAGGGGGACCGGGGGAGCAAGAUGGUGUCCGAGAUCUACCUGACCAGACUGCUGGCCACUAAAGGUACGUUACAGAAGUUUGUGGACGACCUGUUUGAGACCAUCUUCAGCACGGCUCACAGAGGCAGCGCCCUGCCGCUGGCCAUCAAGUACAUGUUCGACUUCCUGGACGAGCAGGCUGACAAACACUCCAUCACAGACUACGAUGUGAGACACACCUGGAAGAGUAACUGCCUUCCUUUGCGGUUUUGGGUGAACGUGAUAAAGAACCCCCAGUUUGUGUUCGACAUCCACAAGAACAGCAUCACGGACGCCUGCCUCUCCGUGGUGGCUCAAACCUUCAUGGACUCCUGUUCGACGUCUGAGCACAAACUCGGAAAGGACUCGCCUUCAAAUAAGCUCCUGUACGCUAAAGACAUCCCCAACUACAAGAACUGGGUGGAGAGAUAUUACUCUGACAUCUCCCGCAUGCCAGCAAUCAGUGAUCAGGACAUGAGUGCCUACCUAGCGGAGCAGUCCCGCCUGCACCUCAGCCAGUUCAACAGCAUGUCGGCGCUGCACGAGAUCUACACCUACAUCGUCAAGUACAAAGACGAGAUCCUGUCGGCGCUCCAGAAGGACGACCAGUCCCGCCGCCAGCGGCUACGCGGCAAGCUAGAACAGGUCAUCGACACCAUGGCGCUAGCUAGCUGA